AUGGACGCCCUUCCUGGCGCUGUAAUACAAGCCUUUGCGCACCUGUGGGGCCAGCAUCCUGAAGUAGCAGCUGGUAUCUACGCUGCAGGUGCUGUCGUUGCUGCUGUGCCGCAUUACAUACCAAACUUUGAGCAGGCCAAGGUUUGGUAUCAGAAACCCAUACCUUCUACGAUUCGCGUUGCAAAACCCGCCCAUACCACCGAAGACGCAGCCGACAUCGUGGAAUCGAUAGUUACCAAAGCCCGCGGUCCUACCAUUAUCACCGUCACAAAUUCUGUCUCACCCGCUUGCAACACAGCCCUCACUGUCGUACAGCAAGCCAAGGUUGAAGUGUUGGACACUUCCUCGUCUUCCGAAUCAAUCCAGGACACCUCUGAAUCUGCCACAGAAAGCUCUGCUCGUUCGACAGCGAGCAGCUCCUCGCAGAUCUCCUGGAAACCUAGUACUCCGAGAGAUACAUUUCCGGAGGUAUCUAGCAAGAGUCCAGAGCGUUCACUAGCAAAGACUACGAGUACUUCUACUGAGAAGAGCAGUACUGUUCAUGAGGUACCGUCACUAUUGGGCACAAAUUCUUCCAAUGUUACAAACACAGGCUUUAAAGCCCGGAUGAGUAGGCUUCUACACGGCUCGCAAUCCUCCGCGGCAUCGAAAGAAUCGACCAUCAGCGAUACACCCAGAGACGUCACAUCGACCAGGUCCCCCACCGUUGGCAAGGUGCCUUCUUGGACCACGUCUCCAGUUGUGGUUGAACAAUUACCGGUUACCUCCCAGUCGUUCAAUGAGAUCAUAGACUAUUCGUUUGAAACCAUUACCAUUCCGCAGAGAACGAAGACAGUUUCCAGUGCUCCCCUAACUAGCACUGCGAGCAUUGACUCUGGCCUCAAAGAACAUAAGUCAGCCUUUACACAUUAUAGGCAACAUGCGGCUAGUAAAGGCACCCGGAGCAGUAGCUCGAAGAUGAUGGAACAUAAGCCAGCCUUUACACAUUACAGAGAAAAUGCGGCUAGGAAAUCACUCCAAGAUUCGUCGUCAUCUAAGACACUUCUCAGUGCACCUGUGUCCAGCACCAAGGACAGCACCGUUACGCCGAGAGAACACAAGCCAGCCUUUACACCUUAUAGACAAAAGCCGGCUAGCAAACCACUUCGAGAUUCGCCGUCAUUCGCCAAAUCCCAACUUUUACGCUGGAAUGACUUUCGACGAGCGAUUGAUGAGCAGUACAUUACACAACAAGCAGAUCAAAAGCCGACCAAGCCAUCUUACUACAGUAGCCCUGUCACCAUGGCGGAUAUCAUGGUGGGAUACGUGCCAUCCAUUCUCUUCGCUGUAUGCGACCAUCUGUACAAGGAUGACCCGGACAUUCAGGAAAUGGUGGCAUUUAUGGUGCGCAAUGCGUAUAUGUUUGUCGUUGUAUAUCUCGCCUACGCGGAAUUCCGCUUGCCAACAUUGCCAUACUCCAAACCUGUAGCAUACGCACGCAGCAUCGGAUCCGUAUCCUACAACGUGUGGCAGAAAGCAGUAGCCAACUUCCUGGGAAAGCAGCAAGCCGAUCACUUCAUCAUAGACCGGGCGUUGUACGCCAUCCUCGUCGGUAUCGCGAUUUAUUUCCUCCUUUUCGCCGGACGAAGGACCCGCGAAGUUGUUCACCACGAAGAAGAUGAAAGCGAUUUAAGCGAGGAUGAAGACAUGUCUGAGACCCAGGAUCUUUCCGCCAGUGCGCCUGCUGUCAUCCCGCACCGGAAAGAGACAUUAAUUCGUUGUUGCAUCGCCUUCACUGUUAUGAUAACUGUCAUCUGGCUCAGUGUCUACGUCCAGGACUUGGCUGUUAUCUUGGCCAGUGUGCCAGCGGUACACGUUCUUUCCAUCUAUGAUGAAGAGGCGCGCAACACCAUCUUCACCAUAUUGGACCUGGUGGUUUGCGGCUCAUACCGAUCCAUCAUCGCCGCGCGAACCUGGAUACGAUACUACGCUGCGAUUGCAGUAGUAGUAUACGUCCUCAUCCAUAUAUACCAGCCAUCCCUGUGCGCUGAUAGACUUUUCAGAGGCGGCGUUGCCCCACCCUUCAGUCAUUUUGCUGUCGUGCUCAAGCUUGUGGGCCUCUCCUAUAUCGACUCCCUCGUGCACGGCAUCAUCGAAGUCGCUCAAAUCUCCAUGGCGAAACUCCGGGUUGUAAAAGCUUGGGCUCGGUACAAGUUCAUGCUCAUCGUCAGAGGUCGCGCUGUCUUCCCAUGGCACCCAAAGACCGUCGGCGGGUUGUUUCACUGGGUGCUCGCGAUAAUCACACUCGGCCCACGGACAGUAUUUGGGUUGCUACCAGUAUGGGCUGGCCCAGUCGUGAUGAUGUUCGCGCUCUGGGCAUUGACGUAUGCAUUCAUACCAUUGUUCCAGUCUCUUUUCACGGCGAUCUGGCACACCAUACAGCCUUGGACUCAAAGGACGUCGGAUGCAGCUGCCCAUACAGUGAAGGAGUUCACUACUAGCACUGCGUCUAUUCCAGCCCCAGUUAAGGGGUCGACUUCAUGGACUGCUGUAACCACGACAGCUUUACGGAAUUGGGUCACGCCUCCUCGCAAACUCACUCCAACUUCGCGGGAACGCGCAACGAGCUCUUAUGUGUACACUGCUACCUCGACGGAGAGGGCUACGAGCUCUCGUAUACACACCACCCUCUCGCCGGCAUGGGCUACCAAGUCCAUUAGGAAUGCUACUUCCAGUUUCAUUACAAACACCCAGAAAACGACUUCUUCAGCAUUCGAAAGGAUCUCGAAGAACCUGAGCUUGUUGUACAGGGCACAAAUCAAGCCGAUUGUAUCUUCCGUGGGUACACGCUGCCUCAGCAACUGGUGCCAAGGCCUAGCUUACCACUGGGUAUGGCGCGCGACGGCCAUCAUCGCAUUCACCAUUGUAUGCACCGUAGGCUGGAUCAUAGCCGCUCAAGCAUAUCCCGCACAUAAGGUCCGGUCGUCGUUUACAUUCGCAGCUAGUUUCAUGAUGAUGUACGUCCUGGGCACAAACGGAGUCCUUGCUUGCACUCAGGACUAUGGCAUCAUCUUUGCAACUGUUCUUGUCAUACUCCUACUUCUAGCCUACUGGCGGCCGGAUUCGAUCGUGGCUCGAGAUUUUCCCAAUGAACCGCUCCCUGACCUGCCGGAUGAAGUUGUGGCUCCUGACUCUGCGCCACCAAGCCCUCCAGCAGCACAAAUACCCGCCCCUAACAAUGACGUCGGAGAAUCAGAGCUAAGAAACCCCUUGAUGGGAGAACCUGAUACCCCCAUUCAGCGUCUAGACGCACAGCCGGAGCAAGCGCCUCAGCCACCCAGCGACAGUCAAGCAGUUGAUCUAUUGGAUGAGGACUUAUCAGGGCUGCCAGAUGAAGUAGACGCGUUGCCCACUCAACAACAGGCUUCGCCUGUACAGACUCCCGUGGGAACGCCAUCACGGGAGCAAUCGUUUGAGACUCCGGAUCAGGCUCAGGCUCAUACUGAGGCGCACACCGCAGAUGCAUGGACACAGACAACCGCAUCUCUUCCUUGGCCACAGCGCUGGAUGACUUGGCUCUUCGACAGUGAAGCGGCGCGCACGGCAAGAGAGAAGGCUAUCGAGGCCGCCAGAGCUGCUGCUGAGCAGGAGCACAAGGAUUUCCUAGAGCAAUCUGGCCUGGCGGGCGGUGUAGAGCACGAGGAGACCCAACGGUCAAACGACACCAGCGAAAGUCCAGCUGCUGAUGAAGCGAUGGCAUCUCGACCUGCAGAGACUGAGCAACAGCACCGGGCUACUGUUGAAGCUGAGGAACCUGAGGAAGUAAUCCCAGCUGUCCCGUCAAAAACUGCGACUGAGGCUAUUUCAGCCCCUACGGCUCAGGUACCAACGAUACCGGUGGUUGCUGAUACAUCGGCAUCUGUGCGUACCCUCACGCCAGCUGCCGAGUUCAAACGUACUCCUCUGUUCGAGCCUACUCCCCCAACAACGAUCACUCCCACGAUCAUAGCGUCUCCCCCACCAGUGAUUCCUGCUGAGCCUACUGCACCCUCCACUAUUGCACCAGCCAUCUCUUCCAAUUCUCUGAUUGUACCCACUCCCGUCACAACACCUACUGAUGUACCCAAGUCUGCCACAGACACUACUGAGCCUCCGUCAAUGCUCGAUAUCACGUUUGAUCUUCCUACCAUCGUAGUCGACGCACCAGAAUCUGAGACGCAAGAAGGAUACACGCCGAUGACAUUUGUUCCCAUUGAGAUGACGGAACUCGCUACACCCGCCAAGCACACGCCUCCCAAGGACCCUGCUUCGGAGCCCGUCAAUGCACCAGAUCACCAAGCUUCAGCCGCUGGUUCAGUGCAAGGUCAGGGAGAAGACGAUGAUCAAGACGCUGAGCAAGAUGGUGUGCAGGAAAGUGACGAAGAGCAAGAGGAAGAGGAAGAGGAGGUCGAAGGCGAAGAAGAGUUCGAUUUCGGCGGGAGUCCUACGAUAGGCACAUCAGCUCCGCUACAGCCAGCGAGUCCUAUAGAUGCCGAGAUUGUUGCAGCACUUGAAAAGUACCGCGAGGAGGUGCGAAGAGAGGCUGAGCAGAAGAAGGCCUUGACUCCCAUGGGGGUUGCUUCAGGUGGAGCACCCGCACCUGGCGACGGCGAUGACAACGACAAGGGCAACGGUGAUGGUAAAGAUGACAAUGAUUCGGGCAAUACGCCGAUACCUGCCGCCCCAAAGCAUGUCACUCCUGAACCCGACAAAGAACCUUCUUUGCCAACGGAUAUGCCAAUUGGAGGCAUGGAAAAGGACGCUUUAGCAGCUACGCCCACCACCAAUGCCAACACAACUGUCCCCGACUUACUCUCGCAACCAACUCCUGGCACGGCGAAUAAUCGUCCUUGGGCCCCGUUCAGCUCGCUUCCAUCCAGCAGGACGGAGCCGCCUAUGUUCACAGAAGAGGAACUUAAGACGCAGUUCGCCCUUCCUGCCAUCUACAAUCGGCCUGCCGCUCGACCCACAGACCCAAAACACCCAGACUCCGCAGAACAGUGGCGUAACAGGCUGCUGGGUGGUCCUAGUAUGUUGACCAUUAUGAGACGAGAGCGUGAAGCCGCGGCUCGAAGGGCUGGUGGCGAUGGUGGAGAUGCGCCGGCUGGCCCUGGUGGUCCUUCUGGUGGAGAUGGCAGCGGUGGUAGUGGAGGUGGAGGCGGCAGUGACGACACACCCUCUCCUUUCGAUCCAUCGAGCGGUAGUGGAGGCGCAAACCCUCCAUCGCCGUCGGGUUCAGCUGGCUCAGGACCUAUGGAGGGCAUCGACGAGGCUUCUUCGAGCGACUCGGAUCAUCACGGUGAGAGCGAUCCCAAUGACGGUCAGACUUUGGACAAUCAAGCUGACACUAACGAUCAGAUGGAUAAUGGCAACGACGGUAAUGAGGAUGGUGGCGACAAUGACGGCGAUUCACCCGCACAGCCUGGAAGUUCCAAUAUCGCUGACAUUCCUAUGACUGCGCCCGCGGCCCUUGAUAAUACUAUCACGGCCGAUGACGAUGGGGACGUUGAUAUGUCCGACCUAUCCAAUGUCGAUGUGGACGAUACCGAUUUGGACGAUAUCAAUAUGGACAAUAUCAAUAUGGACAACAUCAAUCUGGAUAACAUCAACUUGGACGGCAUCGAUUUCGACAAGAUCGCCAACUCUGGCUUCGAUAAUGAGCAAACGCCAACCACGACCACUGAUGACAUGAGGAGACAGCUGGUGCCUCUCGAGGGAAUAGAACAACACAGCGGAAUACCAACAAGUCUGUAUCUGUCUCCUGAGGACGAGCAAUACGGUGAAAUGGCAGAACAAAACAUAUUCGCUGAUAUUGAUGCGUAUGAGGCGCAGAAUGGGCCGAUCAAGACUUCACCUCCCGUGUCUGAAUCUCAACAGUACCCGACAAACGGGGAAGGUUUCGAUCAUCUUCUCGGAAGCGCCGGCGAUGAAUAUUUUUCUCCGACCCAGCAGCCAUCGGUCAUUGUUCCAGGGCUUCCUAAGGAGGCGUCAGAUGCGUUUGACCCAUUCUCGAACGCGAAUUGGAGUGCCGAAUUUGGGAAUGCUACGCAAGCUGAACAGGAUGAUGAUGUGUUGGAUGAAGAGAUCGUUCGUGCCGCUGUUGCAAAUGCGUUUGGAGAAGAUCAGCAGCCGGCACGAGAUGAUCUAGCUCCCCCGCCACCGACCCACGGAGACGACCUUGACCUUGAAGACUACGAAUUUGCUGAAGACCAUGGGGAACUCAUCGCCGGGCUUUCGAAUGUCAAUCUCGACAAUGAUCAGUCUGACAACACUGACAAGGCACAAGUCUCGCCAGAUUCGGGAAAUCAACGAGUAUGGGACAGUGACUUCAACAAAGCUCCUGAGAACGCCGAGCAUGAAUACAAACACCCAGAUGAGUUCACAAGUAUCAGACCGAGAACGCGCUUAGUACAACUCAAGGAAGACCACAAGAUCGUCGAGAACCCCGAACAUGCGGAAUACCGAUCAGCCGGCAUGAAGUCGCUAGACGAAUUAACCGGGCGACAAGGUCAGGUCUUCCGGGAAGUUCCUAUGGACACAUACGAAAUGCGAGGAGAAAGCCACGACGACUACAAGGAUGCACAAGAGCUGAUGGCAUGGUUUGAUCCAGAUGCUGAAGGUGCCGAACCUCGAGGUGAUGCUUCUCCGGCUGGUUCUGACGAUGGUAGCGCGUUGUCGGGCGAAAUCGAUGACGAUGAACUGGAUGCGCUUGCCAAGGAAGUGGAAAAGGAUCAGUUGGAUGAAAUGAACAAAGCGUCCAAGAGAUCGGCUCGAGACGUUUCUGAUGACUCGGAUUCAGAAGCAUCGGAGGAAACUCAAGAUGGCCCGGCGACUCCCCAGAAGGAGAGUUCAGGUGCACGACCUAAUACUCCGAAGAAGGGCCGCUUUAGAGGUCCAGUCUCAUUUGAUAAUGAGGAGGAAGCCCGUUUUGAGAAGAAUGACGUGGAGAAGAUCAAUGACCUUCCAAUAUGGAAGAAGCUGAAGGAAGCCAAAGACACAUCGACAACCCCAUCGCCGGCGCAACCAUCUCCGGUGGCUAGUUCUGGUCUUCCGACUCGUCCGACUACACAGAGUACACUCAACGCGCCUUCGAUGUCAAGCUCGAAUCCUACUUCCCCAUUUUCGUAUGACAGGCCGCCACCGCCUUCACCUCUAGCAGGUGGUUUCGCACCGGGAGGUUACGCACGCUCGUAUAACCCAGUCACUUUGCAAAAGAGGAACAGCACGUCUCCUUAUGGAGGUAUACCGACUCUCGGCAACUUUAGUACACCACGCGGUCAAAGCAGUAAUGCGACACCGCCUCCCCGGAGUCCAAGCUACCCAGCCAUGAAGCUCCCCGACGCUGCACUAUCAAACGCAAGAAGCUUGCUCAAACCGGCAUCCGCCCGCCAUCGUGCACAGUCUACAGCAGGCACAGCGACUACAAACUCCCCGGUCCCCUCGCCCGCGUACAUGCCCAUGCAGCCUUCGCCAGGCAUGAAAUCCAAUAAUUUAUCGACUACUCCACCAGCUUACGACCCGACACAGCCUGGGGCGGGAUACACCCCGAAGACAGCGUCAAACUUUCGGGCCCAGUUGCUACCUCUUUCUGGAUUGAGUGUACCACAGAAGCCAUUGCCACAGCUUAGUCCGGUAACACAUCCAGAUAGGCCCGCAGCGCAAGAUGAAGAUGCGGUUGGAGACCAGACCUCGCAAACUCCUGGAGGCGAUGACAACAACGACUACGAUAGCGAUGUGGACAGCAUUUACGGUCACGACUAG